GACAGCGAAUGAAUUAAAUCAAGUCGGGAGUCCGACGCGUAGACUUAAGCCCCGUCGGCCUGAAAGGCAGAAUAAACUUGAUCAAACUUGAACAUGUCUGGGACCAAAUGCACGCGCCUGACCGGGGCGCUCAUGAGACAAGUGCUGGAAUCUGUGGACAGCGUGUUGUUUGACUGCGACGGGGUGAUCUGGAGAGGGGACCAAGCUAUUCCCGGAGCUGCGGAAGUCAUAAACCUCCUCAAGAAAAAUGGCAAGAAAGUAUUUUUCGUCACCAAUAACAGCAGUAAAACAAGGAAGCUGUAUGCGGACAAAAUGUCCCUGUUGGGGUUUAACGUGACCGAGGACGACGUGUUCGGAACCGCUUAUUGCUGUGCCAUGUACCUCAGGACGGUGUGCAAAUUGCAGGGUAAAGUGUACCUCCUGGGUAGCAACGCCAUGAAGCAGGAGCUGGAGGCAGUUGGGAUCCAGCAGACAGGGGUUGGACCCGACCCCAUCACCGGGAAACCUGCAGACUGGGCCAACGUCUCCUUGGACCCGGAGGUGAAGGCGGUGGUGGUUGGCUUUGAUGAGCAUUUCAGCUACAUGAAGCUGAACCGAGCCAUGCAAUACCUGAACCAGGGCUGUCUAUUUGUGGGGACCAACAGGGACACCAGGCUGCCCCUUGAAGGUGGCAAGGCUGUUCCAGGUACUGGAUGUCUGUUACAAGCUGUGGAGGCAGCUGCCCAGCGCCAGGCCCAGACCGUGGGCAAACCAAACCAGUUUAUGUUUGACUGCGUGGCCUCUCAGUUUGGUGUAGAGAGGGAGCGGUGCCUGAUGGUUGGGGACCGCCUGGACACAGACAUCCUCCUAGGCUCCAACUGUGGUCUGAAGACUCUGCUCACCCUCACCGGGGUCAACACUGUGGCAGACGCACAGGAGCAUCUGAAGAGUGGCCGUCCAGAGAGGCAGGGCAUGGUCCCUGAUUACUAUGUGGACAGCAUUGCAGACCUGUUGCCUGCUUUGAGGGAAUAAAGCCUUGGUCAGGGACAAAGAGAAAAACAAGUGAACUAGUCACUGCCAACGAGAAGUAUCUGCUGCAAGUGUCAGGAGAAAAGACUGUACAGGCCUAUUUUAAAAUACUCCCGAAAUCAGAAUUUUAACUGUUAAUUCCAGUAUUAUAAAUAAUUUUAUUUCAUGGACAUAUAUUCGGCCAAAGAGAUUAUUGUUGUUUGUAAAUAGCAAUUAACCUUUCUUUUUAUGACGUAAUAUUCUGAAGUAACUCAAAGUCGAACUGAAAUAGGAAAUGGGGUGACCGUUUGCAACAGAGCUACAAAUAACAAAAGGAUUUAACAGCUGAGCAAAAGGAACUGAACUUGAAUACAUGAGCUGUCUUUGUGUGAGUCAUUCAUUUGAGAUGGUUUUCUACUGUUUAAGUUCUUUUAAAGUUAUGUUAUGUGCAGAUUUAUGCUCUACACAGGAAUUAAAAGUUCUUAACAGUA